AUGUCUUCUUCCCCCACCCCCGAAACCAACCCCUUCCAGAUAUCCUCUUCGUCUUCCUCUGCCUCCGCUUCCCCUAUCACCAGCACGACCGAAGAUACCGGCCCGGGUCAAUCUCAUCUUCGAAGUAAGAUCGGUCAGCCGUCUUCGUCCACCCCACGAACAGAAGCUUCCAACCGACGGCGAUUCGGAGGUCUCUUCGCUAGUUUCGGAAUACCAGGUUCUGUCUCCGGUAAUGGUACAGGUAGUGGACCACCAUCACGUCCACAACCUCGAACUCCACUACGAAGAAUUCACGGACAAACCCAAGAGUAUGAAGACUACGGAGUACGAGGAGGAGAAGGAGGAGGAGGAGGAGGAGGAGGAGAGGGAAACACAGGUGUUCAUGGAGGAGUAUGGAGUUUCGCUGAAAGGAUGAAAGAAUUGACUAUUGGGAGUCCUAAAGGAACGUCGAAGUCAAUCGAGAAGAGGGUAGCGGAUAAUGAUAAGAUUAAGUUAGAGGAUCUACCUGAUGAAUUGAUCUUACUGAUCAUUCUUCAACUCCCACCUACACUCUCCCAACUUGAUAUCAUAUCACGAAUCUCAACUCGAUUCUAUGAUCUCACACGAACACCCAUCAUCUGGCUGGAAAUCUUUCAUGCGUAUGGAUUCGAGUUGAUCGACAGAGCAAAGAAGGAUGGAGUGGCUGUGGAGUAUCCUCCUCAAGGUCAUUGGCGGGGCGAUCAUUGGAUUACUGAUCCGCCAUUGUCUUCGUCUUCGUCUUCGUCUACGUCUACGUAUUCGUCUCCAUCUUCGCCUUCGUAUUCUUCACAGACGAUGGCGACAUCGUCGUCGCCAUCUAGCUCAACCUCAACUUCGCCGGUAAUUCAGUCAACGGACCAAGAUGAACCUUGCUCGAAUAUACAUAGUGUACCAAUACAUUAUCCCACUUUAAUGCGAUCACGACUAAUCCUUCAAAACCAGAUUCAUUCAGAAGAAUAUAUACCGACUGUAACGAAAUUGGCAGAAAAUAAAAGUCAUAAAGAUGUCAUAUAUUGUUUAAACCGAUUCAACGAUUAUCUACUCACAGGUUCAAGGGAUCGUUCUAUCCAUAUUUACAAAUUACCUCCUCCAAGUGGAUUUGAUCCGAAUGAUGAUGAUACCGACAAAGGUAUCAACAAUAGAUAUGGAAGUGGAAGCGACCGAAACAAAAGCAGAAAUGAGGAUAGUCCAAUAUGGAUUGAAGAAGAUGCACAUCAACGAAGUGUGUUGACAUUGGAUUCAGAUUUGGAUGAGAACGGAAAGGGUUUAUUGGUCUCGGGCUCCUCGGAUAUGUCUAUUGGGAUCUGGAGUGUUGAUCUGAGUGUGUUGGAUGAGCCUAUAUCUACCAAAGGAGUUCAUCAACCUCGAACCCAUUCCAGUAAUAAUGUGAUAAAGAAACUCAAAGUGAUUCAAACGGAUUCCACGAUACUUUCAAUCAUAAUUUCACCUGAAUAUAUCAUAUCAUCUUCGAAAGAUCAUCUAAUCAAUGUAUAUUCAAGAUCAACAUAUGGAUUGAUCAAAUCGUUACAAGGUCACACCCAACCUGUUAAUUCAAUUGCAUUAUCACCUAAUAAGCAAAAACUGGUUUCGGCAAGUAGUGAUGGAUUUUGGAAAAUAUGGAAUCUGGAUUCUGGCGUUGUGGAGAAGCAAGGUGGUGGUGGUAGAGGCGUUGCUUGUGUUCUAUGGGCUGGCGAUCAUAUCUUGACUGGAGAUAAUGACAAUCUCGUCAGAUUAUACGAUUCUUCGUCGGUGGAAUUACUGAAGACAUUUAAUGGUCAUACGGAUUUAGUUAGGAGCGUAUCUAUGGGUAAAUCUCUUGGUAUAGUAGUCAGUGCAAGUUACGAUAGAACCAUUAGGAUGUGGGAUUUGAAUACUGGUAAACUCAUUAAGAUCGCUAAUGAAGAUAGAUCUUCUUUGAUAUUCGAUUUGAGCAUUCAAUCCAAUCGCAUAAUAGCAGCGACACAAGAUCAUUCGGUACAUAUCUUAUCUUUCGGAGAUGAUUUACCAUAUACCCAUUUAUUUGAGUAG